GAGCCGUAGCGACUUCGGCUUUGGUGGAAGGAGGGGGUCUGGGAAGGGCUGGGCUCUCGCUUUUCCCGUUUGGUAGAGGUUCUCGCGGGAUCGCGCAGAGGCAGUCGCGGUUCGACUACAGACUGCCGCAGCAGCCUGGGAGGCGGCAGCAGCGUCUUCGGCUCGUGCUGUUCUUAGCCCAUGAGUUCUCGCGGGAGUGGCGUUACGUCCUCGUGGGAUCCUUUGGCAGUGGCGGAGGUACAUCAGUAGUCUGACCUGAGUGUGUUAGUACUCCAGAGGAACCAGCAGACCAACUUGGUCAGAAAGGUUCAGAAAGCUGUUGGAGCAGUGUUGGUAUUUCCCACCAGGAUGAGUAUGAUUGGCUGUGAUUUUAGGUUAUAAAAUAGAAAAUCGAAAACAUGAAAGUAGACAGGACUAAACUGAAAAAGACACCUACUGAGGCUCCUGCAGAUUGCAGAGCCUUAAUAGACAAACUCAAGGUUUGUAAUGAUGAGCAACUCCUCUUGGAACUGCAGCAGAUCAAAACAUGGAACAUUGGAAAGUGUGAGUUAUAUCACUGGGUGGACCUGUUGGACCGCUUUGAUGGAAUUCUGGCAGAUGCUGGGCAGACGGUGGAGAAUAUGUCAUGGAUGCUCGUAUGUGAUAGGCCGGAAAAAGAACAACUGAAAAUGCUUCUCUUGGCUGUGUUGAACUUCACAGCCUUGCUCAUUGAGUACAGCUUUUCCCGGCAUCUGUACAGUUCCAUAGAGCAUUUGACAACUUUACUGGCUUCCUCUGAUAUGCAAGUGGUGCUGGCAGUCCUUAACCUUCUGUAUGUAUUUAGCAAAAGAUCAAAUUACAUCACCCGCCUUGGAUCUGACAAGAGAACCCCACUGCUAACCCGGCUGCAACAUUUGGCAGAGAGCUGGGGUGGAAAGGAGAAUGGCUUCGGACUUGCAGAAUGUUGCAGAGACUUGCAUAUGAUGAAAUACCCACCCAGUGCAACUACACUACACUUUGAAUUCUAUGCAGACCCUGGGGCCGAGGUCAAAAUCGAGAAAAGGACAACUAGUAACACACUACAUUAUAUUCACAUAGAGCAACUUGACAAGAUUUCAGAAAGCCCUUCUGAAAUCAUGGAAUCUCUUACCAAAAUGUACAGCAUUCCUAAGGAUAAGCAGAUGCUGUUAUUUACACAUAUACGACUGGCCCAUGGCUUUUCUAAUCACAGGAAGCGGUUGCAAGCUGUUCAAGCGAGGCUGCAUGCAAUAUCUAUAUUAGUGUAUUCCAAUGCCUUGCAGGAGUCAGCAAACAGUAUCUUGUAUAAUGGGUUGAUAGAGGAAUUGGUAGAUGUCCUUCAGAUAACAGAUAAGCAGCUUAUGGAGAUUAAAGCUGCUUCUUUACGAACAUUAACAUCAAUUGUACACUUGGAGAGAACACCCAAACUCAGCAGUAUUAUUGACUGUACGGGAACUGCAUCCUAUCAUGGAUUUUUGCCUGUACUUGUACGGAACUGUAUCCAGGCCAUGAUUGAUCCUUCCAUGGAUCCAUACCCUCACCAGUUUGCCACUGCUCUCUUCUCCUUUUUAUAUCAUCUGGCCAGUUACGAUGCUGGUGGUGAAGCCUUGGUCUCCUGUGGAAUGAUGGAAGCCUUAUUGAAGGUCAUAAAGUUUCUUGGGGAUGAGCAGGACCAGAUAACAUUUGUCACCAGAGCUGUCAGAGUGGUUGACCUCAUCACCAACCUGGAUAUGGCAGCUUUUCAAUCCCAUAGUGGACUUUCAAUCUUCAUUUAUAGACUUGAGCAUGAAGUAGAUUUGUGCCGAAAAGAGUGUCCCUUUGUGAUCAAGCCAAAGAUCCAGAGACCCAGUACUACACAAGAAGGAGAAGAAAUGGAAACUGAUAUGGAUGUUGCAGAUGUGACUAUGGAAAAUAGUCCGGGAUCAUCCACCUCUAUAGAGAACCGUCUGGAUAUUGAAUUAAGGACAUCAAGUUCCAACAGCAGUACUACUAUAUGCCCUGGUCCCCGUCCAGGAGUCCAGUGUAUUCCACAACGAGCAGCCCUUCUCAAAUCCAUGUUGAAUUUCCUCAAGAAGGCUAUUCAAGACCCAGCUUUCUCAGAUGGCAUACGACAUGUGAUGGAUGGUUCUCUGCCUACCUCCCUGAAACACAUCAUCAGCAAUGCAGAAUACUAUGGCCCAUCACUUUUUCUCCUAGCUACUGAAGUGGUGACUGUGUUUGUAUUUCAAGAACCAUCACUGCUCUCCUCACUCCAGGACAAUGGGUUAACAGAUGUCAUGCUGCAUGCACUGCUUAUCAAAGAUGUUCCUGCUACUCGUGAAGUCCUUGGUUCCCUCCCAAAUGUAUUCAGUGCACUCUGCUUGAAUGCACGAGGUCUUCAGUCAUUUGUACAGUGUCAGCCCUUUGAACGUCUCUUCAAAGUUCUUCUGUCUCCAGAUUACCUCCCAGCCAUGCGGAGGAGGAGGAGUUCUGACCCCCUUGGGGAUACUGCAUCCAACCUGGGGAGUGCUGUUGAUGAGCUUAUGAGACAUCAGCCCACCCUCAAAACGGAUGCAACAACUGCCAUCAUUAAGUUACUUGAAGAAAUCUGUAACCUUGGGAGAGACCCUAAAUACAUCUGUCAGAAGCCAUCAAUCCAGAAGGCAGAUGGCAGUGCCACUGCUCCUCCCCCAAGGUCUAAUCAUGCUGCAGAAGAGGCCUCUAGUGAGGAUGAGGAAGAAGAGGAAGUACAGGCCAUGCAGAGCUUUAAUUCUGCCCAACAGAAUGAAACUGAGCCUAAUCAGCAGGUUGUUGGUACAGAGGAACGUAUUCCUAUUCCCCUCAUGGAUUACAUCCUUAAUGUGAUGAAAUUUGUGGAAUCUAUUCUGAGCAACAAUACAACAGAUGACCACUGCCAGGAAUUUGUGAAUCAGAAAGGACUCCUGCCUUUGGUUACCAUUUUGGGUCUUCCCAAUCUGCCCAUUGACUUUCCCACAUCUGCAGCCUGUCAGGCUGUUGCAGGUGUCUGCAAAUCCAUAUUGACACUGUCACAUGAACCCAAAGUCCUUCAGGAGGGUCUCCUUCAGUUGGACUCCAUCCUCUCCUCUUUGGAGCCCUUACACCGCCCAAUUGAAUCUCCUGGGGGCUCAGUGCUGCUGCGAGAACUGGCUUGUGCUGGCAAUGUCGCUGAUGCUACCCUCUCAGCUCAGGCCACACCUCUACUGCAUGCACUCACUGCUGCCCACGCCUACAUCAUGAUGUUUGUUCAUACGUGCAGAGUUGGACAGAGUGAAAUUCGUUCCAUCUCCGUAAACCAGUGGGGCUCUCAGUUGGGUCUGAGUGUUCUGAGCAAGCUGAGCCAGCUAUACUGUUCCCUGGUGUGGGAAAGCACUGUUCUCCUCUCCCUGUGUACCCCAAACAGCCUACCAUCUGGGUGUGAAUUUGGCCAGGCGGACAUGCAGAAGCUGGUUCCAAAGGAUGAGAAGGCAGGUACGACCCAGGGCGGAAAAAGAGCAGAUGGGGAGCAGGAUGCCACAGCUGGAAGUAUGGAUGCUUCUACCCAAGGCUUGUUGGAAGGCAUUGGGCUUGAUGGUGACACAUUGGCUCCUAUGGAGACAGAUGAACCUACUACUUCAGACUCUAAGGGCAAAUCUAAAAUCACACCUGCCAUGGCUGCCAGAAUUAAGCAAAUCAAGCCUUUAUUGUCAGCCUCUUCCAGAUUAGGCCGAGCACUUGCUGAGCUGUUUGGACUCCUUGUUAAACUUUGUGUGGGGUCUCCUGUCCGCCAGAGAAGGAGCCAUCAUGCUGCCAGCACUACCACAGCACCGACACCCGCUGCUCGAUCAACAGCCUCCGCCCUCACUAAGCUCCUCACAAAAGGCUUAUCUUGGCAGCCUCCACCAUAUACACCGACUCCCCGCUUCAGGCUAACAUUCUUCAUCUGUUCAGUUGGUUUUACAUCCCCAAUGCUGUUUGAUGAGAGGAAGUAUCCCUACCAUCUCAUGCUGCAGAAAUUUCUCUGCUCUGGAGGCCACAAUGCUCUUUUUGAAACUUUCAACUGGGCUCUGUCGAUGGGUGGCAAAGUUCCUGUUGCUGAAGGAUUGGAGCAUUCAGACUUACCUGAUGGCACAGGAGAAUUCCUAGAUGCUUGGCUUAUGUUGGUGGAGAAGAUGGUGAAUCCUACCACGGUGCUUGAAUCUCCACAUUCACUGCCUGCCAAAUUGCCUGGAAGUGUCCAGAACUUUCCACAAUUCAGUGCCCUCCGUUUCCUUGUGGUAACUCAGAAAGCAGCAUUUACUUGCAUCAAGAACCUGUGGAACCGGAAACCCCUGAAGGUGUAUGGUGGGCGAAUGGCAGAGUCCAUGCUGGCCAUCCUGUGCCACAUCCUCCGAGGAGAGCCUGUAAUUAGAGAAAGACUGAGCAAAGAGAAGGAGGGCUCUCGAGGAGAAGAGGAUACAGGGCAAGAGGAAGGUGGCUCCCGCCGAGAUCCUCAAGUCAACCAACAGCAACUGCAACAGCUCAUGGACAUGGGCUUCACAAGGGAACAUGCCAUGGAGGCCUUGUUGAACACCAGCACCAUGGAGCAGGCCACAGAGUACCUUCUAACCCACCCUCCCCCAAUCAUGGGAGGAGUUGUUCGGGAUCUGAGCAUGUCCGAAGAGGAUCAGAUGAUGAGAGCUAUUGCCAUGUCUCUGGGACAGGAUAUCCCAAUGGAUCAAAGGGCGGAGUCACCUGAGGAAGUUGCUUGCCGGAAAGAGGAGGAGGAAAGGAAAGCUCGUGAAAAGCAGGAAGAGGAAGAGGCUAAAUGUCUAGAGAAAUUCCAGGAUGCUGAUCCAUUGGAGCAAGAUGAGCUCCACACUUUCACAGAUACCAUGUUGCCUGGCUGCUUCCACCUUCUUGAUGAGCUGCCAGACACAGUGUACCGGGUGUGUGAUCUCAUUAUGACAGCAAUAAAACGUAAUGGAGCAGACUAUCGGGACAUGAUUCUGAAGCAAGUAGUCAAUCAGGUGUGGGAAGCUGCUGAUGUAUUGAUCAAAGCUGCUCUUCCCCUAACAACAAGCGACACAAAAACUGUGUCAGAAUGGAUCAGUCAGAUGGCCACCCUGCCCCAGGCAUCCAAUUUGGCUACUAGAAUUUUGCUUUUGACCCUGCUUUUUGAGGAGUUGAAGCUACCUUGUGCUUGGGUGGUCGAAUCUAGUGGCAUCCUUAAUGUCCUAAUCAAACUCUUGGAAGUGGUUCAGCCCUGCCUACAGGCUGCCAAGGAGCAAAAGGAGGUCCAGACCCCAAAGUGGAUCACCCCAGUGUUGCUCCUGAUUGAUUUCUAUGAAAAGACGGCCAUCUCCUCAAAAAGGAGAGCCCAAAUGACUAAGUACUUACAGUCCAACAACAACAACUGGCGCUGGUUUGAUGACCGCUCUGGACGUUGGUGUAGUUACAGUGCAAGCAACAACAGCACUAUUGAUUCUGCCUGGAAGUCUGGGGAGACAAGUGUUCGCUUCACUGCAGGCCGAAGAAGAUACACUGUACAGUUUACUACAAUGGUCCAGGUUAAUGAAGAAACAGGGAACCGCCGCCCAGUGAUGCUGACUCUCCUGAGGGUACCGCGGCUGAAUAAAAACUCUAAAAACGGCAGUGGGCAGGAACUAGAGAAGACACUGGAAGAAAGCAAAGAAAUUGAUAUCAAGCGUAAAGACAGUAAAGCCAAUGUUGUAGAUACUCCAUUGGCCCUAGAGAAUACAAAUAAUGAAAAGGAGACAAGCCUGGAAGAAACAAAAAUCGGAGAGAUCCUGAUCCAGGGCCUGACAGAGGAUAUGGUGACAGUUUUAAUCCGGGCCUGCGUGAGCAUGCUAGGAGUCCCUGUGGACCCAGACACUUUGCAUGCCACCCUUCGCCUCUGCCUGAGGCUCACCCGAGACCACAAAUAUGCCAUGAUGUUUGCAGAGCUGAAGAGUACCCGCAUGAUCUUGAAUUUGACCCAGAGCUCAGGCUUCAAUGGGUUUACUCCCCUGGUCACCCUUCUCUUAAGACACAUUAUUGAGGACCCCUGCACCCUCCGUCAUACUAUGGAAAAGGUUGUUCGUUCAGCAGCUACAAGUGGAGCUGGUAGCACUACCUCUGGUGUUGUAUCUGGCAGCCUCGGCUCUCGGGAGAUCAACUAUAUCCUUCGUGUCCUUGGGCCAGCUGCAUGCCGCAAUCCAGACAUUUUCACAGAAGUGGCCAACUGCUGUAUCCGCAUUGCCCUUCCAGCCCCUCGGGGCUCAGGAACUGCUUCAGAUGAUGAAUUUGAGAAUCUUAGAAUUAAAGGUCCUAAUGCUGUCCAACUGGUGAAAACAACCCCUUUGAAACCCUCACCACUGCCUGUCAUUCCUGAUACUAUCAAGGAAGUGAUCUACGACAUGCUGAAUGCCCUGGCUGCAUACCAUGCUCCAGAGGAAGCUGACAAAUCUGAUCCUAAACCUGGGGGUAUGACCCAAGAGGUUGGCCAGCUCCUGCAAGAUAUGGGUGAUGAUGUAUACCAGCAGUACCGGUCACUUACUCGGCAGGGCAGUGAUUUUGAUACACAGUCAAGUUUUUCCAUUAAUAGUCAGGUCUUUGCUACAGAUGGUUCUUCUACUGAGACAAACACACCUGGGGCAUCCCAAGAAGCUUCAACUCCAGAGGAGUCUCGAGAUGGGAAAAAAGAUAAAGAAGGGGACCGAGCCUCUGAAGAAGCCAAACAGAAAGUUAAGGGCAGCAAACCUUUAAUGCCCACCUCCACUAUUCUUCGUCUUCUGGCAGAGUUGGUGAGGUCCUAUGUUGGUAUAGCUACCCUGAUUGCCAACUACAGCUACACUGUGGGCCAGUCUGAGCUGAUCAAAGAGGACUGCAGUGUGCUAGCUUUUGUCUUGGACCACCUCCUCCCACAUACCCAGAAUGCAGAAGACAAGGACACGCCUGCCCUGGCCCGCCUAUUCCUCGCAAGCCUGGCUGCUGCAGGGAGUGGCACAGAUGCCCAGGUGGCCCUUGUGAAUGAAGUAAAAGCAGCCCUGGGACGGGCACUGGCUAUGGCUGAGAGUACAGAGAAACAUGCCAGGCUUCAGGCAGUGAUGUGUAUCAUCAGUACUAUCAUGGAGUCCUGCCCCUCCACGUCCAGCUUCUACAGCAGUGCCACAGCCAAGACCCAGCACAAUGGCAUGAACAAUAUCAUUCGACUCUUCCUGAAGAAGGGACUGGUUAAUGACUUGGCCAGAGUGCCUCACAGCCUGGACCUGUCCAGUCCCAACAUGGCCAACACAGUCAAUGCUGCUCUGAAGCCUUUGGAAACACUUUCCCGGAUUGUGAACCAGCCCAGUAGCCUUUUUGGCAGCAAGAGUGCUUCUAACAAGACCAAAGCUGAGCAGGAUGCCCAAGGAGCUACUCAGGACUCCAAUAGCAACCAGCAGGACCCAGGCGAGCCUGGGGAAGCAGAAGUGCAGGAGGAGGAUCAUGAUGUCACUCAGACAGAGGUGGCAGAUGGGGAUAUCAUGGAUGGGGAGGCUGAAACCGACUCAGUGGUGAUUGCUGGGCAGCCUGAGGUGCUCAGUUCACAAGAGAUGCAGGUUGAGAAUGAGCUGGAGGACCUGAUAGAUGAGUUGCUUGAGAGGGAUGGCGGAUCUGGGAACAGUACAAUUAUAGUGAGCAGAAGUGGAGAGGAUGAAUCACAAGAGGACGUGCUGAUGGAUGAAGCUCCUUCCAACCUCAGCCAAGCUUCCACCUUGCAGGCCAACCGAGAAGAUUCCAUGAAUAUCCUGGACCCUGAGGAUGAGGAGGAGCACACUCAGGAAGAGGACAGCAGUGGCAGUAACGAGGAUGAGGAUGAUAGUCAGGAUGAAGAGGAGGAGGAGGAGGAAGAUGAGGAAGAUGAUCAGGAGGAUGAUGAAGGUGAAGAGGGAGAUGAAGACGAUGACGACGAUGGCUCUGAAAUGGAAUUGGAUGAGGAUUACCCUGAUAUGAACGCUUCUCCCUUGGUCCGAUUUGAGCGCUUUGACCGGGAGGAUGAUCUCAUCAUUGAGUUUGACAACAUGUUCUCCAGUGCUACAGACAUCCCCCCAUCCCCAGGAAAUAUCCCUACCACCCACCCACUGAUGGUACGCCAUGCAGACCACAGUUCCCUGACAUUGGGAAGUGGCUCCUCUACGACACGUCUCACCCAGGGCAUCGGGCGCAGUCAAAGGACCCUAAGGCAGCUGACAGCCAAUACAGGUCACACCAUUCAUGUUCACUACCCUGGGAAUCGCCAGCCCAACCCUCCUCUCAUACUCCAGAGGUUACUUGGUCCCUCUGCUGCCGCUGACAUCCUUCAGCUGAGCAGCAGCCUUCCCUUACAAAGCCGGGGCCGGGCCCGCCUCCUGGUGGGCAAUGAUGACGUCCACAUUAUUGCCAGGUCUGACGACGAACUGCUGGAUGACUUUUUCCAUGACCAGAGCACAGCUACCAGCCAAGCAGGGACCCUGUCCAGCAUCCCCACAGCCCUGACCCGCUGGACAGAGGAAUGUAAAGUCCUCGAUGCUGAAAGUAUGCACGACUGUGUUUCAGUUGUUAAAGUGCCCAUUGUUAAUCACCUGGAAUUCCUGAGGGAUGAGGAGCUGGAAGAAAGGCGAGAAAAACGGAGGAAACAACUGGCUGAGGAAGAAACAAAAAUAACUGACAAAGGCAAAGAAGAUAAGGAGAACAGGGAUCAGAAUGCACAGUGUGCUGCAUCUAAGACAAAUGACUCCACUGAACAGAACCUCUCAGAUGGGACUCCUAUGCCUGACAGCUACCCAACAACCCCAUCUUCAACUGAUGCAGCUACAUCUGAGUCCAAGGAGGCCAAUGUCACUUUACAGCCUUCACAACAGCAACCAACACUCCCAGCUCCACCAACUUUGGGAGGGAUUGCUCAAGAGCUGCAAUCCCCAACUGGAGAAGGUGGAAACUCUGCACAGCUAUUGAUGCCUAUAGAGCCAGGGGAGUUGGUGAUCACAAGGCCAAGUGGAGAAGGAGAAACGACUCAGAUGGAGUUAUCUCCAGCUCCCACUAUAACCUCUCUUUCCCCAGAGAGAGCUGAAGAUUCUGAUGCACUGACAGCUAUCAGCAGUCAACUGGAAGGCUCUCCCAUGGACACCAGCAGCCUGGCUUCCUGUACCCUAGAGGAGGCUGUGGGUGACACCUCAGCAACUGGCAGUUCUGAGCAGCCCACAACAGGCAGCUCUACUUCUGGGGAUACCCCACCAGUUGUGGCAGAAGUGCAAGGCAGGGAUGAUAGGUCAGGGGAACCUGCCCAGUCCAGUGAGAACAGCUCUACCCCUGCAUCCUCUGAGAGUUCUUCCACCAGAGAGUCUGCUGUGGGCACUUCUGGAGGAGAGUCCCAGGGAAUCUUAGAAGAGCCACUGCCUUCAACAAGCAGUGAAGAGGAAGAUCCCCUUGCAGGUAUCAGUCUUCCCGAAGGUGUGGACCCCUCUUUUCUGGCUGCUCUGCCUGAUGACAUCCGCCGGGAAGUGCUACAAAACCAGCUUGGCAUCCGUCCACCCACCCGGCCUGCCCCCUCCACAAAUAGCUCAACUCCUGCAGUGGUUGCAAAUCCUGGCGUGACCGAAGUGAGCCCUGAGUUCCUGGCCGCCCUACCUCCAGCCAUCCAGGAGGAAGUGCUGGCACAGCAGAGGGCUGAGCAACAGCGACGGGAACUAGCACAGAAUGCCAGCUCAGACACCCCCAUGGACCCUGUGACCUUCAUCCAGACUUUGCCCUCAGACCUGCGCCGUAGUGUCUUGGAGGACAUGGAGGACAGCGUAUUGGCUGUGAUGCCACCGGACAUUGCAGCUGAGGCUCAAGCUCUGAGGCGAGAGCAGGAAGCCCGACAGCGGCAGCUCAUGCACGAGCGGCUCUUUGGUCACAGCAGCACCUCUGCUCUCUCUGCUAUUCUCCGAAGCCCGGCUUUCACCAGUCGCCUGAGUGGCAACCGUGGGGUCCAGUACACUCGCCUUGCAGUGCAGAGAGGUGGUACCUUCCAGAUGGGGGGUAGCAGCAGCCAUAACAGGCCUUCUGGCAGUAAUGUGGACACUCUGCUCCGCCUCAGAGGACGGCUCCUUCUGGACCACGAAGCUCUGUCUUGUCUCCUGGUCCUACUCUUUGUGGAUGAACCAAAGCUAAAUACUAGCCGUCUACACCGAGUACUGAGAAAUCUCUGCUACCAUGCCCAGACCCGUCACUGGGUCAUACGCAGCCUGCUGUCCAUCUUGCAGCGCAGCAGUGAGAGUGAGCUAUGCAUUGAAACACCCAAGCUCUCAAGUGAGGAAAAGGGCAAAAAGUCAAGCAAGAGCUGUGGGUCUGGCAGCCAUGAAAACCGACCCCUGGACCUGCUGCACAAGAUGGAGUCUAAAAGCUCCAACCAGCUUUCCUGGCUCUCAGUAUCCAUGGAUGCAGCCCUAGGCUGCAGGACUAACAUAUUCCAGAUCCAGCGUUCAGGUGGGCGCAAACAUACUGAGAAGCACGCAAGCAGUGGCUCUACUGUCCACAUCCACCCCCAGGCUGCUCCUGUUGUCUGCAGACACGUUCUGGACACACUCAUUCAAUUGGCCAAGGUGUUUCCCAGCCACUUCACACAGCAGCGGACCAAAGAAACAAACUGUGAGAACGAUCGGGAACGGGGCGGUAAGCAGGCCUGCAGCCCAUGCUCUUCACAGUCCUCUGGCAGUGGCAUUUGCACAGACUUCUGGGACUUACUGGUGAAACUGGACAACAUGAAUGUCAGCCGGAAAGGCAAGAACUCCGUGAAGUCAGUGCCAGUGAGCACUGGGAAUGAGGGGGAAACCUCCCCAUACAGCCUGGAGGCCUCUCCACUAGGGCAGCUCAUGAACAUGUUGUCACACCCAGUCAUCCGCCGAAGCUCUCUCUUAACAGAGAAACUCCUCAGACUCCUCUCUCUCAUCUCAAUUGCUCUCCCAGAAAACAAAGUGUCGGAAACACAGGCUAAUUCUGGCAAUGGUGCUUCCUCCACCAUUGCAGCCACCUCAACCACGUCUACUACCACUACCACUGUCGCCUCCAACAUGCCCACUAUCCCUGCUGCAACUACCCCUGUCACUUCUGCUCCAGCCCUGGUUACUGCCACGGCUAUUUCUACCAUUACCAUAGCUCCUUCAACCACAGUGACUACCCCCACGACUGCUACCACUACUGUUUCAGCUACUACUAAGUCCAGCAAAUCUCCGGCAAAGGGGGGUGAUAUGGGCACUGGCACUGCAGACUUUAAGAUGGUAUCUUCGGGCCUCACUGAAAACCAACUACAGCUCUCUGUGGAGGUGCUAACAUCCCACUCGUGUUCUGAAGAAGGCCUAGAGGACGCAGCGAAUGUGUUACUGCAGCUCUCUCGAGGGGACCCUGGGACUCGGGACACUGUUCUCAAGCUGCUACUGAACGGAGCCCGCCACCUGGGUUAUACCCUUUGUAAACAGAUAGGUACCCUUCUGGCUGAGCUCCGGGAAUACAACCUAGAACAGCAGCGGCGAGCCCAAUGUGAGACCCUCUCCCCUGAUGGCCUUCCUGAGGAGCAGCCACAGACCACAAAGCUUAAAGGCAAAAUGCAGAGCAGGUUUGACAUGGCUGAGAAUGUGGUAAUUGUGGCAUCUCAAAAGCGACCUCUGGGUGGCCGGGAGCUCCAGCUGCCUUCUAUGUCCAUGUUGACAUCCAAGACAUCUACCCAGAAGUUCUUCUUGAGAGUACUGCAGGUCAUCAUCCAGCUGCGGGACGACACGCGCCGAGCUAACAAGAAAGCCAAGCAGACAGGCAGGCUAGGUUCCUCCGGGUUAGGCUCAGCUAGCAGCAUCCAGGCAGCUGUUCGGCAGCUGGAGGCUGAGGCUGAUGCCAUUAUACAAAUGGUACGUGAGGGUCAGAGGGCGCGGAGACAGCAACAAGCAGCAACGUCGGAGUCAAGCCAGUCAGAAGGUUCUGUCCGGAGGGAGGAAUCACCCAUGGAUGUGGACCAGCCGUCUCCCAGUACCCAGGAUACUCAGUCCAGUGGCUCGGACGGAAACUCCCAGGGGGAGAAGGAGGAGAGGCCACCUGACUUACCCCUGCUCAGUGAGCAGCUGAGUUUGGAUGAGCUAUGGGACAUGCUCGGCGAGUGUCUAAAGGAACUGGAGGAAUCUCAUGACCAGCAUGCGGUGCUAGUGCUACAGCCUGCCGUGGAGGCCUUCUUUCUGGUCCAUGCCACAGAGCGGGAGAGCAAGCCUCCUGUUCGAGACACCCGCGAGAGCCAACUGGCGCACAUCAAGGAUGAGCCUCCUCCCCUCUCCCCGGCCCCCUUGACCCCAGCCACUCCUUCUUCCCUUGACCCGUUCUUCUCCCGGGAGCCCUCAUCUAUGCACAUCUCCUCAAGCCUGCCCCCCGACACGCAGAAGUUCCUUCGCUUUGCAGAGACUCACCGCACUGUGUUAAACCAGAUCCUACGGCAGUCCACUACCCACCUCGCUGACGGGCCCUUUGCUGUCCUGGUAGACUACAUUCGUGUCCUCGACUUCGAUGUCAAGCGCAAAUAUUUCCGCCAAGAGCUGGAGCGUUUGGACGAAGGGCUCCGGAAAGAGGACAUGGCUGUGCAUGUCCGCCGUGACCAUGUCUUUGAAGACUCUUAUCGUGAGCUGCAUCGGAAAUCCCCUGAAGAAAUGAAGAAUCGAUUGUAUAUAGUGUUUGAAGGAGAAGAAGGGCAGGAUGCUGGAGGGCUCCUGCGGGAGUGGUAUAUGAUCAUCUCUCGGGAGAUGUUUAACCCUAUGUAUGCCUUGUUCCGUACCUCACCUGGAGACCGGGUCACCUACACCAUCAAUCCAUCUUCCCACUGCAACCCCAACCACCUCAGCUACUUUAAGUUUGUUGGACGCAUUGUGGCCAAAGCUGUAUAUGACAACCGCCUCCUGGAGUGCUACUUCACUCGCUCCUUCUACAAACACAUCUUGGGCAAGUCUGUCAGGUAUACGGAUAUGGAAAGUGAAGAUUACCACUUCUACCAAGGCCUGGUCUAUCUGCUGGAAAAUGAUGUCUCCACUCUAGGCUAUGACCUUACCUUCAGCACUGAGGUCCAAGAGUUUGGAGUCUGUGAAGUUCGUGACCUCAAACCCAAUGGGGCCAACAUCUUGGUAACAGAGGAGAAUAAGAAGGAGUAUGUACACCUGGUGUGCCAGAUGAGAAUGACAGGAGCCAUCCGCAAACAGCUGGCGGCUUUCUUAGAAGGCUUCUAUGAGAUCAUUCCAAAGCGCCUCAUUUCCAUCUUCACUGAGCAGGAGUUAGAGCUGCUCAUAUCAGGACUGCCUACAAUCGACAUUGAUGAUUUGAAAUCCAACACUGAAUACCACAAAUACCAAUCCAACUCUAUUCAGAUUCAGUGGUUCUGGAGAGCAUUGCGUUCUUUUGACCAAGCUGACCGUGCCAAGUUCCUCCAGUUUGUCACGGGUACUUCCAAGGUACCCCUGCAAGGCUUUGCUGCCCUCGAAGGCAUGAAUGGAAUUCAGAAGUUUCAGAUUCAUCGAGAUGACAGGUCCACAGAUCGCCUGCCUUCCGCUCACACAUGUUUCAAUCAGCUGGACCUGCCUGCCUAUGAGAGCUUUGAGAAGCUCCGCCACAUGCUACUAUUGGCCAUCCAGGAGUGCUCUGAAGGCUUUGGGCUGGCCUAGUUAGCCCCCACAACUGUGGGGUUUUUCUACCAUUGUUGGACCUGGGAAGGGGGGGGAUGAAAACAAAAUGAACCAGAAAGGAAAUGUUGAUACCAAUAAAUGAAAUCUACCAACUCACCAUGUGUGUGUCCCAGCUGCCCCAACCUUCUCCAGUGCAUACCUGUUCCCGUUCUCCUGCUCAUUCUUUCUUCCCUCCCCCUUUAUCUCACCUCCUCUCCCCAUUCCAUGCCGUCCAUGAUCCCCGGCCCAUGUGUUUAAAGGCAGUAGCCUUUGCAGGGACCUGUUUGUCCCAACUGUUUGAACAGUGUGCUCCUCAGAGUCUGUGUUCAGAAGGAUUUGCUGCAUUGAGACUUGAAACCUUUGGAUAGGGGAAAAAUUAUAUAUAUAUAUAUUUUUUUGUUCUGUUUGCAUUUCUUAAUUUGUGCUUGGAAUGUGUUGAUGUGCACAGCUAAUGAUUCAAUGCGAGACAAGAUUGGCGUCUGUGUUGUGGAGGUUUCAAAUAAAGAGCACUCUUCAUAACUCACUUUUCACAAUGGAAUUUUUUUCAAACUUAAAAGAAAAAAAACAACCCUCGAGCACGUGCUAGACAUCUGGAGAAAAGAUCCAGAUGGACGCUCCAGAAAACCAUCUCUGCCGUCACCACAGCGCAUCCUCCUCCUUCAAAGUUGGUUUUCCUGUAGUCAGGAGAGAGACGCAGCCACCGGGAACUGGGGGAGUCUGUUUUUUAAGAAUGGGACCUGCACUUGGGAGUUGUGAUGGUGUUGCAGCCAAGGACAAAGCAUCUUGCUCGAGAGGAACAAACCAGUAGAACUCACCAUCUUCUUUGGUGAGCCUUUACAACAAUCUUAAGUUGGGCUCAAUUUAGGAUUUUUAUUUCAUCUGUUAAUAUUUUAGUUUAUUUUUAACAAAUUUCAAGUAGUUGACAAGCUCUCUAGGAAAACAGUCUUACCAUCCUUUUAUUUUGGUUUUGUUGUCUGCCUGUCUGUCUGCCAGUCUGUUCACAGAUCACCCAAUAAUCUCUUGUGGUUUUUACUCCAUCCAACCCUUAAAGCCAAUCUAAGGACUUUGGUUCCAGCCUCCAAAGAAAAAAUAAUAAAAGUUUAGUUAGAAAAAUAA